AUGCACGGCAAACGUCAAAUCAGAAGACGCAAAACACUUAUUCGGUCAAGCCCAAAGCAGAAACCCCUCACUUGGGAAAUUAUGGUGAGGGCUUUGGCGAAGGGUUUUGAAGGAGUGACAAUAUCCUCUGGUGUAUGUGUAUUGGAUUGGGAAUGGCGUGGUGAGGGGAUUGAUUUCGUGGAAAUUGGAGAUAAAGGAGGCAUUGAUGUUGAAAGGAGGCUCGGAGGAGAAUGA